AGCAGCAGUUGCUCAGUGAGUAGAAUCGAGGCAUAUAUAGAGAGUAUGACUACUGCUUCUCUCCGUCUUUAUCUCUCCAAGUCUCGUAUCGAUAUAGCUCUUGACCAAUUUCUUUUGUCCCUUCGUAUCUUGACUUUGCGUCCCUUGGAUCGCGCGGUCGGCUGAAAAAGCAGGCUGAAAAUAUUCAAUUGAUUGACGUUCAUCUGGAUCGGACAAUAUGACGAUUUUGUCAAAAAAGAAGCAGCCAUCUCAAAAAGAUAGACGUAGUGAUACUUCGUCUAGUUCAGACGUCGAUGGUGUGCAAAGUGAUCUUGGUUCCCAGUCUCCAAUUUCUAUACCAAAUUCCUCUUAUCAGGUACGAGCAGCUAAUGGCUUUGCAGUAGACUUACAUACUGUACAAGCUGAUCACAGUACUAACUCAAUUAUACAUAACAACAAUGUUUCAUAUGAGGCAAAUGCAGACUGCAGAGAAGAGAGUCACUUUGAAGAACCCAUUAGCUCUGGUAUAAAUAAACGUCAUCGUAGAUUAUCCAGUCCACACAGAUCUUGUAGAGUCUCCCGUGCUAAAAGAGAACGUGAAAGAGAUAGAGUACGUGGUUCCAGUGUUGACAGUACUGGUGAACUAGAAAGAGAAAGAGAGCAUGAAAGGCAGUCCACUCCACCAACUACUCCCAGUAGUUCUUCAACAGCUGAUGAUAGUCCUACUUCAAGCUUGAUGGCUCUUGCAACAGCUGCAUCAGAUUUAGAACAUGAACAUGAACACGAAGUAAAUGGUUAUAAUAGUGGUGAUGAAUACACUGGUAGAACUGGACCUAAUUUAACCCUUGCAGAAUGGCAAGAACGAGACAAAUGGUUUGAAAAAAGAAUGAAAAAACGAGGGUUUGUUAUAAAAAAAAUGGGAGAAGAUGGAGCUUGCUUGUUCAGAGCCAUAGCUGAUCAAGUUUAUGGUGAUCAAGAUAUGCAUAGUGUUGUCAGAAAGCACUGCAUGGAUUAUCUAGAUGCAAACCGAGAAUUUUUUUCAAACUUUGUUGCUGAAGACUUUUCUACUUAUGUUGACAGAAAACGACUAGAAAAUGUUCAUGGAAAUCAUAUAGAAAUGCAAGCAAUGUCAGAAAUGUAUAAUCGUAGUAUUGAAGUUUUCUGUUAUAGCACUGAGCCAAUAAAUAUUUUCCAUGGAGUACAUAAAACUGAUAACGAACCUAUCAGAUUAUCCUAUCAAAGAGGAAGUCAUUACAAUAGUAUUGUAGAUCCUUACAAGGCGACGGUUGGUGUUGGUCUUGGACUACCUCAAUAUAGUCCUGGUGCCGCUGAUCGAGCAUUAGUCUCCGACGCCGUUAGACAAAGCGAAGACUUACACAUUGAACAGACGAUGCUUGAAGAUAAAAUAAAAGCUACUGACUGGGAAGCUACAAAUGAAGCAAUUGAAGAACAAGUUGCCAGAGAAAGCUAUUUGCAAUGGCUACGAGACAAUGAAAUGAGAAAAGCUAGAUCAACAAGUGCUAGUUCUACAAGUACUAUAACAAGUUCUCAAAAUAGUCAUUUUCUAGGAACAUCUCAAAGGAGACACACUUCUCCUCCCAAAUCAGUCUGUUCCUCUCCAGAUACUGCAACAAAAGGAAGUGAUGGUAUCAGAUACAAUAAAAGAUCCCCAAAACAUCAAAUUGCAUCAGCACCUCUGUCCACUGUCAAUUCAUCUUCUGUUUUACAAGAACCUGUUCCUGGCAGCAGCAAAGAAACUAAUGCAUCGAAUGAAAUUGCAUUUGUUAACCGUCUGCCUCCUGAAGUUUUUGGUUUAACUGAUUGGGAGGACAGUGAUAUUUUGUCUAAAGUACUUGCCACGUCACAACAAGAAUAUUUAGACAGUCUGAAACAAUCGCGUGCUUCGACGAAUAGUGCAGACGAUUCAAGCAAAAGCUGAAAAUUGUUCGAAAUCAUUCAAUGUUACAAAGAAAAACUCUUGUAUAUGUACUAUACAUGCAUAUAUUGAUGACGAUAAUUGUGUGCUUAAAAAAAAGACCACACAAAAAUCAAUUUGUUUAUAUAAAUGUGCACGUUGCACGGUGACGUGCAGACAAGCUUUAGAAAAAAAUCGUAAUUAAUGAAAAUUAUAAAUUUUAUGUUUUGGAAAUUGAUGCAGUAUCAGGGUUUGAAUGAAGCGAAAUCAUUAUUAACUUAUUUUUCAACGUUAUAAAAAAAGUUUUUAUUUAAUUUUCGAAACUUAUGAUUAAAAUUGUAUGAUAUAAUGUACAUAUACACCUUCUUUCUCUUCUCCUCUCUCUCUUUCUUAAAAGUUAAGAUUAUUCUUUUAAGUUGCUCAAAUUUUAUGAAUGAUCUUUGAUCUUAUAAUGUAGCGGUAAUUAUAAAUUUAGACUUAAUCAUUAUCAUAAAAAUUAUAAUAAAUUGAAAGCUGUCAAUGGCGAUAAAAAGUAA